AUGUCGAACCAACCCGUAGGCGCUAUUGUCGAGCUCCCAGUUUCGACGCACCCAGCACCAACCACUCUCACGGGCCGAUCAAUCAACCUUGUCCCGCUAAAAAUCACCCACGCAGACGAGCUCUUCCCCCUCGUUAACAACGCGGAUUCAUUCCAAACCGCUCUGUGGGAUUACAUUCCAGAUGGGCCAUAUGACGAUGUCGCUCAUCUACGCGCCGAUUUUGCUGCUAGAGAGAUUUCAAAAGAUCCCGUCUUCUUCGCGAUAAUCGAUACGCGCCCAUCUCGCCCGACAACUGGGAACGCGAUCGGCUACAUCGCAUUCAUGAACAUAUCCCCCGAACACAGGCGCAUUGAGAUAGGACAUGUGAUUUUUACCAUGGCACUGCAGCGUACAAUUGGCGCAACGGAGGCCGUCUACCUUCUCCUACAGCAUGCGAUUGAAGAGCUGGGGUACAGACGUGUGGAGUGGAAGUGUAAUGCGCUUAAUGAGGGGUCCAGGCGUGCGGCACUCCGCCUGGGGUUCCAAUUUGAGGGUGUCUUUCGUCAGCAUAUGGUUGUUAAGGGGCGGAAUCGGGAUACGGCGUGGUUCUCGAUCGUAAGGGAGGAGUGGCCGGAACUCAAGAAGGCGUUCGAUGGUUGGCUUGACGAGGGGAAUUUCGAUGAGAACGGAGCGCAACGGAGGAGAUUGGAGGAGUUCAGGGCAAGUGCUUAG